AUGCAGCUCAAGAACUCUAUGCUCCUGCUGACGGCCCUGGCCGCUGGCUCAACCGUCGCCCGCCUUCACGGCCACGAGCGCCGUCACGCUCACGGCGCCCACCACGAGAAGCGUGAUGUUGGUGACAUCGUCACCGCCGUCAUUGACGGAAAGAUCGCAACCUGGGUCAACGAAUACGCUGGCGGUGCUGCUGCUACCGCUACCGCUGCUGCUGCUGCCGUUGAGACCGCCGCCACAUCCGUUACUGAGUCUGUGAUCGCCUCUGCUACCUCCGCUGCCACUGAGACCCCCAGCGCCUCCGUUGUCUCUUCCGCCUCUGGAACCUGCUCCAACUGGGACGACGAGUCUGACGAUUACUCCACAUCCGGCUUCGGCUCCAGGACCAUCGCCAACCUCCUUGAAUACAUUGCCUACAUCGGUAACGUUGGUAGCCCAUGGGGCAGCAACAUCAUUGAAGUCUCUGCCGACAAGGCAUGCAAGUACAAGAACGUCGUCAAGUUCACUGGCGCUGAGACCGACGACUGGACCAUUGUUUUCUGGAACAAGAUUGGCCCUGAUGGAAAGCUGACCGGCUGGUACGGUAACUCUGCUCUCAAGCUCACAAUUGCUCCUGGUGAGACCCGCUACGUCGCCUUUGACGAUGACUCUCAGGGUGCCUGGGGUGCUGCCAAGGGUGACUCUCUCCCCACUGACAACUACGGUGGCUACUCUUGCACUUGGGGUGAAUUCGACUUUGCCAACUCUGGCAACAACGACUGGUCCGGCUGGGAUGUCUCUGCUAUCCAGGCUCAGGCCGCCAGCCAGGAUGUCCAGGGUAUGAAGAUCUGCAACAGCAAGGGCGAGAAGUGCUCUUGGAUCUCCAACCUCGCUACCGCCAUGGAGAACGCCUACAGCAAGGCUGAGGAGGGUGUUGACGGCAUUGGUGGCAACCAGACCCCUGGUGCUGUCCGUCUCGUUGUCGACAUCGACUACACCCACAGCUCUUAA